GCAUGACUGGCAUGAAUAAAAGCGCGGGAUAACCUUAAAAUUUUUCAAUGGCGCAGAUGUUUUUCUUAAGAAAAUGAGUGAAAAUCCAGAAAUCCGGCGUUUAAUCAUUUCAACUUUUAAGCUAUGUGGCUACACAAUCCGAUCUGGAUGCCCCUUUUUAGUGGAGGAAUUGGCAAAGAUUCCACAGGAGGAUCAUCGGAAGUUGCUGGAGGAUAUGUGUGAUCAUGUUCAGAGGCAGAAUUUAUCAGCUCCUGUCCUGGAGCAGCAGCAUCUCGAGUUAGCCUUCAAGGAGAGUCAGAAUUACGGCCUCAAUGAGAGUGAAACAGUGUUCAGUGUCAUUCCGGAUGCUUUUGCCAUCCCCUCCUUUGUCUACGACAGCGAGAGGAAGAAGUUCCUUCCAUCUGGGCAGGUAAGAAGCCUACUGGGGGACUCUGGGGCUAAGGGGGAGUGCCUGAGGAAUCGUUACUACAUGCUGUGGCAGCGAACAGCUCGCCAUGAGAUGUUCUCAAAGAGCGUCCUGGACAGGAAUGCGGCAGGAUUUGUGCUGCGGAGAGUGGAAAAUAUCCUGUGUACGUCAAAGAUGAGGGAUGUGGUGAUAAUGGGUUUGUUCACCAAAUUCAGCGAUGGGAAAUUUCAUGUGGAAGAUCCCACUGGGACGAUAGCAUUGGAUAUGACCGAUGCCAAGAUGCAUUCUGGCUUAUUCUGUGACGGAUGCUUCGUUCUGGUUCAGGGAAAGUACCAGGAGGGGAUACUCAAAGUGUCUAGCUUGGGAUUUCCUCCACCAGAAGCUGCCAGUAGCAGCAGGGCGUACUUUGGAACUGCCAAUACCUGGGGAGGACCCAGCAAGACUCUCUUGAAGUACUCACAGCGCCUGAAGACUGUUGAACUCACGGAUACAGAGGCCACGAUAAUCUUCCUUUCGGACUGCUGGCUAGACGAUGAGACAGUGAUGGAGAAGCUGAGAGUCCUCUUUGAGGGCUACGAUGACAGUCCUCCUGUAGCCAUUGUCCUAAUGGGUCCAUUUACCAGAAUCCUCGAGCAUUAUCGCGUGCUGAAGGAGAGAUUCACAAAAUUGGGCAACAUUGUAGCUCAAUGUCCCUCAAUUCUCGCUAAAACGGACAUAGUAUUCGUUCCUGCAGCUGAUGAUCCUCCCUCCAGCAACAUCCUGCCCCGUUCAGCACUUCCGGACUUCCUGCUGUCAGACCUUAGAAGAAAAGUCCCCCGUGCAGUGGCUGCGACAAAUCCCUGCCGAUUGCAGUACUGCACCCAACAGAUCACAAUCUUCCGGAUGGAUCUGGUCACCAAACUCUGCCGCAAUGCCAUUAAAUUCCCAGAAACUGGCCUGAUUGAAGAACAUGUGGCCAGGACUCUCGUCUGCCAGGGCACUCUGGCACCGAUGCAUAUGAACGUGAUGCCCAUUCUCUGGCAGUUUGACGCUUCCCUCUCCCUCUAUCCUCUCCCCGACCUCGUGGUCCUCGGAGACUCAACCAAGAGCUUCACCACGGACCUCCAAGGCUGCACGAUACUCAACGUUGGCUCCUUCCCCAAAAGCAACUUCUCCUUCAAAGUCUACGUCCCCCAUAAUCGCACCGUCGAGGACUCCAUGAUCCCCUCCGAUGAUUCUGACCAGCCAUAAAGUCGAAAUAAUAAAAGCCCAUUUUUUUUUUGUCUAAAAUAAUGCAUUUCUUAGUAAUCUCCUAUACAACACUAAAGCUAAAAUAUCACUUUCAACUUGGAUUAAUUUUUUUUGUGUUAGGUGUCGACAGAGACAUUUUUUUCUUCUUAAAAUUUACACAGAGAAUACAUUAUGAAGCAGGAAACACAGGAUGUAUUUAGCUAGGAAGUUCUGUGCAAGAGCCUCAGCUACUAAUUCUUAUUAGAAUGCAGAGAUACUUGAUCUUUUAGGCCACGCCUCUUUAUGAAAAAUACCUUAAUUGAGGUUAAAUUGAGGCGUGGCUUAUUUUCUUUACAGGCGAGACUUCGAUCUUAGCAAAAUUCUAAAAUGAUUUUAAAGUUUUUAGGUUAUUGGAUUU